CGUCGCAUGACGUCACACCGACCGUGCCCACCGGGCGGGAGGGAAAUGGGGGCACCGGGGGGACCCCAAGUGUGGCGGGACACGGGGGGGGCCCUCGUGGUAUGGGGAUCACCCCCAGCUGGGAUUUGGGGUGCGCCUGGGGCAUGGUAGGGGGGUCCCCAAAAAUGUCCCGCCCGCUUGUGGGAUGCUGCUCGUGUAUGGAUGUCCCCGAAAGUGUGGGACUCCCCUAGGGUUAUAGGGACACUCCAGGGAGUAGUGGGUGUGCCCCAGAGUAUGGGGGGGUCUGCAUAAGAAUAGGGUGCCCCAGGGAUAUGGGGUUGCUCACGGGGGAAAGAAGUAUCUUUCUGAAAUCCAUGAUUUCAGGUCUGCACAGAAACGUGAGAGGUGACCACAGAGAGCGGCAACACCCCAGGGGGCUGUGAGGGUGCUCUGGAGCUGGGGGUUGUCCAAAAUAGGGUGGGUGUCCCCAGGAUGGGUGUCCUUGGGUGUGUAGUGACACCCAAGGGAUAUGAUAGUGCUCUACAACUGUACCGGUGUCCCCAGGGAAGAAAGGCACCCCAAAAGUGGGGAGUACUCACAGAAAGCUGUGAGGAUGGGGGUGCUCCAAGGGUUUGUGGGUAUCCCAGAGGAAUGUGGGUGCCUGGGGGAUGCUCUUGGAUGCAGGUUUCCCCUAAAGGCAAUAGGGGUACUCAGAGGAGUGAGCCAGGGGUUCUCUAAGUCUGUGGGGCUGGCACGGGGGCACAGCUCUGUCUGAUGGCAUGGUUCGACUUGGGUCAGUCAACUCGGCAUGGUACAGCUAGGGUGAGACGGAAAUGGGACUCUACUCGGGAGGGGUCCCCCACAGCAACCCCCAACAGGGGGCAAGCCAGCCCUGCAGUUCAUCUGUGCACCCUCCAAAAUGCUGGUACCACCCUUGCUCUAUCCAUGGGGAAACUUGAGUCACAGAGCUUGGCACUGCCAUCACCCACUGGCCACGGCCUCGGAGAGCUUCCAGUCUCCUGGGGGGACUGCAGCACCCAGGGGUGUCUUGGAGGGGAGCCUCGCACCCACUGAGGGCCUGGGGACAAGGUGAGGACCCCCAGCUGGAGAACCCCAGGAGGCAUUACUGCAGGGGUGACAAUGCACCCCUGGGUGUACUGCCAGUACGGGGUGGCCUGGGACACCCUGGGACAGGAGAGUGAUGGGGUCUGCGGGCUUCCCUUAGCCCAGGAAAAGCAUCCUGGGGGGACUGGGGAAGGGUCCCUUGGGCUGCCACUUCCCCUUCAUGCUGGGAGAAGGUUUUGCAAUCUCGCUUCCUCCCCAGGCAGCAUAAAGAGGGCAGCGGAAGGAAGGGGCACUGGGUAGUGGCACAGCACGGGUGCAGUGAGAAAAAGCUUGGGACUGGGAGAAGACCCCAGAUUUGAGGGGACAGCGACAGCAGCGAGCGGCAAAAUGGAGUCCUUGUCCUUCAAUGGGGAUUUGUCCAGCUUACUCUCUCUCUACAACUUCACCUAUGACUACAGCACGGCCCUGCCUGACAUUGCUAUCUCCUCUGCCCCAUGCCGGCCUGAUGGCUCCGUCCUCAACAAGUACCUGGUGGUGGUGAUCUACUGCCUUGUCUUCAUCCUCAGUGUAGUGGGGAAUGGGCUAGUGGUGCUGGUGGUGACCUCCAGCCACACCAGCCGCUCUGUCACUGACGUCUACCUGCUCAACCUGGCCGUGGCAGAUUUGCUCUUUGCUUUCACCCUGCCCCUCUGGGCUGCCUACCGAGCCCACGAGUGGGUCUUUGGCACCGUGAUGUGCAAAGCCAUCUCCGUGCUGCAGGAAGCCAACUUCUACAGCAGCAUCCUGCUGCUGGCCUGCAUCAGUGUCGACCGCUACCUGGCCAUUGUCUACGCCACCCGGGCUGCCACUGAGAAGAGGCACUGGGUGAAGUUUGUCUGCUUGGGCAUCUGGGUCUUCUCUGCGCUGCUCUCCCUGCCCAUGCUGCUCUUCCGUGAGGCUUUCACCUCACCCAACAAUGGCACCGUGUGCUACGAGCGUAUUGGUGAAGAGGACACGGCCAAGUGGCGGGUGGUGCUGCGGGUGCUGCCACAGACCUUCGGCUUUGCCUUGCCCCUCCUGGUGAUGCUCUUCUGCUAUGGUGUCACCAUCCACACCCUCCUGCAGACCAAGAAUGCUCAGAAGCAGCGGGCCAUGAAGGUCAUCUUUGCCGUGGUGCUCGUCUUCCUGGUCUGCUGGCUGCCCUACAAUAUCACACUGGUGAGCGACACCCUCAUGAGGACACGGGCCAUCGCCGAGACCUGCGAGAGGAGGAGCCGCAUCAACACAGCCCUCUCUGUCACACAGGUCCUGGGCUUUGCCCACAGCUGCAUCAACCCCAUCAUCUAUGCCUUCAUCGGUCAGAAGUUUCGCAACAGCUUCCUCAAGAUCCUGGCACAGCGUGGGCUGAUCAGCAAGGAUGCUGUUGCCCGCUACGGCCGUGCCUCCUAUGCCUCCACCUCUGGCAACACAUCCACCACCCUCUGAGCCCUUCUGGUACCCAGUCCUUGUGACUCCCAGCAGAUCCCAGUACCCCACACACCUCAGUAUCCUCAUCCAGCCCCCUGGAACGUGGGUGGUGAUGCUAUGGGGAUGGGCAGGGCCACCACUGGAUGCUGGACUCCAGCUGGAAGGGGGCUUGGGUGGCAAGGUGAUAGGAUUCCAUUGCCAGAGGAGUGAUGCCAAGUGCUGCCCACCCUCCCCUCUCUUUGAGACAAAGCCUGUGACUCUGGGGAUUCUGAGAGCCUGCUGUGGGGAUGGUGUUUGUGGCCGUCGACCAUGCAGCAAUAAAGGAGU